CUGCAAUUUAUUAUCAAUUUGAGAGCUGUGCAUUCAUUAUCCGAAUUGCCAACCAUUACAGCAACUGUCCUUUCCAGCAUGCCUGCUGCUGAUUUGGACAAUUACAACGCCGACAUGCGUAUUCUUAUUAUAGACAAUUACGACUCAUACACCUUCAAUCUGUUUCAAUACUGCACUUUGAAUGUUACCAAUCCACCUGUUGUCGUGCGUAAUGACCAGUUUGAAUGGACCGAGCUUUGUGAUCGUAUUCUCCCAAACUUUGACGCUGUUGUCAUUUCACCAGGUCCAGGACGACCAGACAGGGAAGAGGAUUUUGGUGUUUGCAAAGAACUGCUGCUGUAUGCCAAUAUACCUAUUCUUGGUGUAUGUCUUGGUCAUCAAGGACUUGCUUCUGUUCUUGGGGGAGAGGUCAUCACUGCAGAUUCCCCUAUGCACGGACGACUUUCAGAUAUCUGUCACGAUGGCUCUGGAUUGUUUAAAAACCUUCCCAAUCCAUUUAGUGCGGUUCGCUACCAUUCUUUAAUUGUGUCACAGCAGAAAUUUCCAAGCGAUUUACAUGUAACAGCAUGGACUCAUCAGAAUGAUCCUAGCAAGCCGGUAAUCAAUAUGGGUAUGAUUCACAAAAGCAGACCCAUUUGGACCGUUCAGUUUCACCCAGAAUCCAUCUGCACUGAGCAUGGACAACAAAUUAUCAAUAAUUUUAUUUCUCUAGCAGCAACACAUAUCAAACUUUGCAAUCAACAGUCGUCCAUGGUUUCGCCUGCUUUAACUUUGGAGGAAAAGACCAAACUAACAGUUUUGCCAUCGUCGCUCAUUCCAAUUCGCCACAAUUUUUUAGAGGCAGAGUCAAUGCCAUCAUCUGGCUCAGAUUCAAAAACUUUACAUGGUUCAUCUAACCACAUUGCAUUAGUUUUUCCCAUGUGCGAUACAUUUGUUUCUGCUGAAAAAGUUUAUCACAAACUGUAUGCUGACAAAACCAGUGCAUUUUGGCUGGACUCUGCAAAGGUUGAGGCAGGACUAAGUCGAUUUUCAUAUAUGGGAGAUUCCACAGGACCUCUUGGAUUUGAUAUCAAGUAUUCAUUGGAAACCAGGCUUAUACAGAAGCGCAAGAAUGAUGUUGUGCUGGAAAGUGCUACUCUUGAACACAACGACACAUUUUUUAGAUGGCUGGCAGAAAUCAUGCAUAACACCACUGUUGACUGUCAAGAUAUUCACUACGUAGGUAACGAUUUGGCAGAUCCUCAGCAGCAGUUUCAGCUUCCAUUUUAUGGCGGAUUGGUGGGAUACUUUGGCUACGAGAUGAAGGCCGAAUCUCUUCGACCACAUACUGCCAAGCAUGAUGGUUUAAACAAAUUUAAGACUGAAUCAGCAAAACACGUUCCUGAUGCAGCAUUUAUAUUUUCUGACCGCAUCAUUGUGUACGAUCACCAAGAGCAAAAUAUGUAUUUGAUCGCACUUGCUCGUAAGGAUGAUCUUAAAAUGCGCCAAACUCAGCAAGACUGGUUGCAGCAACUACAUCAUACCCUGACUGAGCUUGCUGUUCCAAAACAAAAUCAUGUCACUGAAACUCGACUUGCUUCAAAUACCCAAUCCUGUUCGAUUGCACAAAAUCCCAAACUAAAUCCAAAGAAUGGUUGGAUGAAACUCACCCAUGAGCGCGCAGCCUAUAUUGCCAACAUUGAAGCUUCGAAUGAAAAGAUCAAUCAGGGAGAAACCUACGAGGUUUGUUUGACCACUCAACUUACAAGAAAUCUUGGAAAAAUGCACACAUCACCAUUUCAGUUUUAUCAGCACUUGCGCAACCGCAAUCCCGCACCCUAUGGCGGGUUUCUUUCUUUUGGAGAAGGCUUAUUUAUUGCUAGUUCAUCACCUGAACGGUUUUUACAACUCAGCAGCGAUAAAUGGCUGAGCAUGAAACCCAUCAAGGGAACGUUGCCUACUGCUACAAGGCAAAACUUUUCUGGAACGGUUGAGGAGAUGGAGCAAGAGAAUCACAAACGACGUAUCGCUUUAGCAAUCAGUGAGAAGGAUCGAUCUGAGAAUUUGAUGAUUGUUGAUUUGAUUCGAAAUGAUCUCAACCAGAUCUCUGAGCCACAAACAGUUCAUGUGCCACAUUUGAUGGUAGUAGAAUCUUACGCCACGGUGCAUCAACUCGUUAGCACAGUCAAGGGAAAACUUCGAUCGGAUCUUAAUGCUGUGGAUGCCGUCAUGCGAACGUUUCCUCCUGGUUCAAUGACGGGUGCUCCCAAACUUCGCACAGUCCAUAUUUUAGAAGAACUAGAAAAGACUCCUCGUGGACCCUACUCUGGUGUUCUUGGGUUUUUUUCUGUGACUGGUUCAGCCGACUUUAAUGUAAUCAUUCGUACGGCUAUUUUUGCUGAAAUUCAAGGUGAAACUAUGGUGACAAUCGGUGCUGGCGGUGCUAUUGUCGCACUUUCCAAUCCGUUGGACGAGUAUGAUGAAAUGCUUUUAAAAGCAAACUCUGUUUUGCCCAGCUUGGUAGCGACAUUUGAUACUACACCCACAGAAGAUCUUUAUGGAGUCCAAGAAACCUGCCAGAUUUGAGUUGUUUUCACGUAACAGAACAUCUGUAUUCAUCUUGAUUAGAGCCAUCAGCUGGAAUAAACUUGACAAUUCUGUCAAAU